GCGAGGGGACCACUCGCCGCCCGAGAUCUCAGGAACCCGGGUCAUCCGGCUGGAGGAGCGCCGGACCUCAGGUUGCUCUUGUGAUUGGCAUAGCCCAGCAUGCAGUCUUGAGCCUGGCAUAGGCCACACCCACUCCAACUCUGGAUAGCCUCCCCGGAGGCUCAGAGAAGGCACUAGAUUGAUCCUAACGUACCUGAAUAACAUCUGUUCAACAACAAACCACCGCAGCUCCAGGGAGCCGGGGGAGUCUCAUUGUCCGCUCUGGCAGAAGCCAGUAUGGCUAUUGCCCUGCAGUCCAGUGAUCUGGUCUUCGAAUUUGCAAGCAACGGGAUGGACGAUAUCCACCAGCUGGAAGACCCUUCAGUGUUCCCAGCUGUGAUCGUGGAACAGGUCCCCUAUCCUGAAUUAGUGCAUCUGUACUCAGGACUCGAUCUGGAUGAGGUCCACAAUGGCAUCAUAAGGGACAGAGCCUUGUGCAUGACACAGGAUCAGAUCUUAGAAGGCAGUAUUUUGCUGACAGAACCAGAUGACAAUGUGUCCACCUCAAAUAACGCAUCAUCCACUGAAGUCCUAUUCAAUGUGGCAACUCCCAACGAUGUCCUGGAUGAGAAGCAGAUCUUCAGCACACCGGAAGUGCUUUCAGACUCCAACUCUGUCCAGGCCAUCAAUCUGCCCAACUUACUGCUUUCUACCCCUGAACCUGACAACCCGAAGAAGACAAGUGAUGCUGGUGACCAGAAGAAGCAUUCUCUGGAGGAGGAAAAGGUCUCCAGAGAAGAAAGUCUUAGAAAGAUUGGGAAGUCUCGGAAGAGAAACCGAAAGACCAAGAACAACCGAAGUACCUCACCUGUCACUGACCCCAGCGUCCCCAUACGGAAGAAAUCCAAGGAUGGCAAAGGCAGCACCAUUUAUCUGUGGGAGUUCCUCCUGGCCCUUCUGCAAGACAGAAACACCUGCCCCAAGUACAUCAAGUGGACGCAGCGAGAAAAAGGCAUCUUCAAGUUGGUGGACUCCAAGGCUGUGUCCAAGCUGUGGGGCAAGCAGAAAAACAAGCCUGACAUGAACUAUGAGACCAUGGGCCGGGCCCUAAGAUAUUACUAUCAGAGAGGAAUCCUGGCCAAAGUGGAAGGGCAGAGGCUGGUAUACCAGUUCAAGGAGAUGCCUAAGGACUUGGUGGUGAUUGAUGAUGAUGAGGAGAGCCCUGAAACACCAGAAGACUCUUCCCAGGCCUCUACUUCCUCUACACCCUCUACCAGUACCACCCGGAGAGCCAGCUCUAGGGCCGUAACCAGAGCCUCCCCUGAGGAAAAGGAUAACCCUGCCUGGGAGAAACCAAAGGGUCAACACACUGGUCUCCAGCCAUCUGCAAGCCUGGAGUUAGGAUUGUCUGUGGAUGAGGAGGUCCCCACUACCUCCACCAUGCUUGCCACUCCACUACAGAGCCCGGCCAAGCUCACCAAAACUGUGAGUACUUCUUCAGCGCCCAGUAACAUCCACCUAGGAGUAGCCCCUGUGGGCCCUGGCUCAACUGUCACCCUGCAGACCAUCCCGCUGACUACGGUGCUGACCAAUGGGCCUCCUGCCAGUACUACUGCUCCAACUCAACUCGUUCUCCAGAGUGUCCCACAGGUGUCAACGUUCAAGGACACCUUCACUUUGCAGACCUCCUUCCCCCUGAACACCAAUUUGCAAGAGAACCAGGUGGCAACCCAAGGGGCCCCAUUGAUAAUCAGUGGCCUCCCCCAACUUCUGACCGGGGCCAACCAUCAGAGCAACCCAGUACCAUCCCAGGUCAUAAGUGCUGGAUCAGCAGGGCCUAGCUCUCAGCCCCCUGGGACUGUCAUUGCUGCCUUUAUCAGGACUUCUAGUGGCACGUCAGUGCCCGUGGUAAAGGAGGGGCCCUUGAGGUCCUCUUCAUAUGUACAGGGUGUGGUUACUGGGGCACCCGUGGAGGGGCUGUUGGUUCCUGAAGAGACCCUGAGAGAGCUCCUGAGAGACCAGGCUCAUCUUCAGCCACUUCAGAGUCAGGUGAUCUCAAGGGGUUCCCAUAACCUGAGCCUUGUGGGGAACCCGACUUCGUCUCCCCCUAGCAACCCCACUGUUGGGCUAACCCCAGUGGCUGAACUUGAGCUCUCAUCAGGCUCAGGGUCCGUGUUUGUAGCUGAGCCUAGUAUGACCACAUCUGGGAGCCUGCUGACCAGAUCCCCGACCCAGGCUCCUUUCUCCCCAUUCAAUCCCACUUCCCUCAUUAAGAUGGAGCCCCAUGACAUAUAAACAAAGGGAUAAAAAGUAUGACCCACUGGGCAAAAUUGUGAAGCAUUUUUAUGUGGACUUAAGUAGAGUGGGGUAUGAGAAAAUUUGAUUCCAAGUUCCCCAAGCCUAUUUGGCAUCGUAUGACCAAAGUAUGCCCAGCUCAAGCAUCUGUGGCAUCAGACCAUGGCCUUCAAGAGCACUAGGGAGUAGACCUGCUCUUGGAAGAGUAAUUAGGUGACUUGGUGAUGGAGAGAAUGCCACAAACCAGGAAGCAGCUUGUGGCCAGAGCUGGCCAGAGGCUUCACAAGAAGAGUUAGGCCUGGUCAUACUUUGUUAUCUGUAUUCCUUACACAGGGAACUUACCAUCCAAUAUGUGAAUAUCUUCGUAUGCAUUUGUGUGCACUUGUGGGUCUGUAUCUUCAUUUCUUUGGGGAGGAUGGGAUGUAGACGUCAGGUCUUUUCUUUGUGUGUGUGUCUGUGUGUGUGUCCGUCCAUUUCUAGGUCAGCCACAGAGAUUAGGCAGUUUUAAGAGAAAGCACUCUGUAACUUUUGUUUUUGCAAGCAACAAUGCCAUUCUGAGACUGGAAGGUACUAGUUGAAUGUCCCCUUCCCAGUCUAGAGAGAUGUCGCAAAGCUGGAACAGGUCUAGGUAGGAACACUUCAAUGGGUGCACAUGCUGAGAGGACACUGCUAAGGGACAAGAGGCUAAAACCAUAGUGGGAAGGAAAAGGAACACACUUAGCCCUGGGAGCACUUGCUUGUCAUAGUCACCUUGCUGUCAGGCUAGAACCUGGAGUACUUUGCUGAAAGUUGUGGGGCAAAGCACCUAACAGAAUUAUACAGUCCCUAGCCAGGCCUGAGUGGAUUGAACGUUUGUGGCCAGGGCUUUUGGCUGUUUGUAUAAAAUCAGCCCUAUGCUUGACAAUAAUAGCCCUUUGUGACCCAGUACUCUUCCUUCCCUAUCUUGGGUUCCCUCUUGAUUCUGUCUGCCCUGAGAAAUUCCAUCUGUCAUCAGUCGCUGAGGCUAGAAGGCAGCUCAGCUCCAGCCAUGAAGUCUCGCUCUCUCUCCCAUCCUCUCCCUCUCACAAUGGCUCUGAAAGACUUCAGGAGGACCGGUGGCUUUUCAUUUCCAGCCAUCACACCUAACCCAAUUCUUGCUUCACCAAGAAGACAGGAGUGAGCAUACACAGGUUCCUAUAGGUCCUGUCAGCACGUGACUCGGCUCCUCUCUUUUCUGUUUCUGGAAAGAGUUCUCCUGGUCUCUCUUAGUCUCUCAGCUGAGGGUCUCCAUCUCCCUUCCUUGAAUCUGUUUGCCUCUCUUCUACCAGGUUUAGGGCCAAUGCGUAGAGGUGUCAGGCCCAGAAGCAAGUCUAGCCUCUGAAUUUGGUUAAUGUGAAUCAGUGCUCCUGGACCUUUGCUAUGUCCUCUGUGCCAAAGCACCCACUUGACUUAACUACCUCCCUGGCUGGUCAUCGUUCUCCCGUACUGUUCUUGCUCCUUCCCUGUGGCUCUAUGCAGGUGCAUUUGCUACAUUCCCAGCAAUUGGCACUGAAAUGUCUGUUCUGAUAAGAUUGUCUUACUAUGCCAAUCUCUUGAUAGAUGGAAGGAAGCAUCUCGAGAAAAGGUCACCAUUGUUGCUGUUAGUGUUGCUGUUCUUAUUGUAUUUGGGUUUUAGGUUUUUGGGGCUUUGAACUUGCUCUGUUGGUGAAGAUGACCUUGAACUUCCUGUUCUUUUGCCUCCCCCCGCCCCACCUUGUUUUCUUGCGUGUAUUACCAUGUGGUUCUAUGGACCAAACCCAGGACUCUGUGCAGGCUUGACAAGUCCUCUUAGCAACUGUGCUACUUCCCAGCUCAAUCAGUUUUAAUGAGCACAAAGAGACAGUGUGAGUCGGGGUGGCCCUGGAAUCUAAUAUCUGCUCUAAGGAAAUUCAUACUCCUAAAGCUGUCAACACUUUCAUAGUCAAAUCAUCUUCUCCAUGGUUCUCGGGCCUUGUUAUCCCACACUUGCUGAGGCCUUCCCCACCAUUGUGCUGUCCCUGUGGGGGUUCCUCGUCAUCUCUUUGUGUGUGGGUGUUUUCCAAAGGUCCUGCUAUUAUCAUGGGUCAGUUCUUUAAGAUGACUUCAAUCCAGAACCUGCUUCUCUAAGUCCCUGGCUCACGGCUCUAGUGAUCUGCUUCUGUUAGUGAUGCCACCAUUUCCCUGACCUUCUAGACUGGAAAUCUCAGAGCUGUCUGGUGGGCUCUUUACUUGACCCCGCCCCUGUCCCUCAUGUCCUAAUGUCUGGCCUGUCUUUAUCCCCAGAGCCUCCAGCCUAGCUCAUGCUGUUUAACUUCCCCCUCCCCAAUAUAUAUUAGCAUCCUGGCCAAUGUGACUUCUUAGCACGUGUCAUCUGGCAGGCUACUUACUCUGGCCUUCCUCUGCUAAAAAGCCUUCGGUGAAUCCUGGCCUGCAGAUAGGGCCAGUACUUAAAAUGCUCAUCCUCCAGGCUUUUCUAACUGGCCUAGGCCUAGCAUUAACCCUUUAGCUCCUGAAUCGUAACAGGGCCCCAGGAAUUGGGGAGCACUUGGAGAGCUGUGGGUAGUAAUUCUUGGAAGAUUUGAAGUUUGAUAUCAGCCCCACCAGGGAAAAGAACUCCCAAGUCGGUGGCACUUCAUUAUUUGGUCCCCAACCCACCCCAUGCCAAGGUACUCCAAAGGGAUUCCAAGGUAUUUGAACUUGUUCCCACCUAUGCCUUUUUUUUUCUUUCCUGGGUUCUGUUUAACCAAUAUGCUCUAUCCUCUUAUUAAGAACAAAAAAUUAUGUUUCAAGAUGGAAUUCAGUGGGAAAAGCCAGUUCCUAACUUUAAUUCUUAAACUUGUAACUACCACUUGAUGGACAGGUGAUUAGAAACAGCCUGUGACAUCUCUAUCAGAAUCACAAACUGUUACUUAGACCUUAAGUUUAGCUCUGUACCUUUAAUUUCUCUUGUGUGUUACCUCCUGAGGGGUAGGCACCACCGUGUCCCCCACAAAACUGGGCAUACCAUAAAGCAGACAAGCAUCAGUGACUAGUUACUGAUUGAGCUGAUGAGAGCUGUGUACCAAACUUUGAGGCAGCUGACCUCUGUCCUCUCCUCUCCUCUCCUCUCCUCAGGCAGUUACUCCAGGUGCUUCACUGCCCAGGGCCUGCCAUUCCUGGCCCAGUGCCCUCACGGUACCACCUCACCCCUUGUCUUAACAUCCAAGAUUUGUAUCAUUUUCAACAUCCUCUGAUCCUAAAGACAGCUUCCUGUUCAGUUUCUUCCCUACACUGAGUGUUAAACUAGCUAACCGGUUAACUAACCCUUACCAACAAGUGUUCUGGAAGAGGCAAUAGGAGAACCUCAGGAGACAGAUUGACUUUAGCCAGAGUCAGGUGGCAGCAAUCCCCCCCUGCUUUUGUGAUGGCCUAAUGGAGGCAGGACUCAAGUGAUGGUCCUCACCUCCCAGCAGCUGAUAUGUGAUUCCCUCCUCCUGGCUCCCGUAGCACUUUGUAUAUACCUCUUAUUGUAGCACAUUGUAUGUAGUUCUUUGAUUGUGUUCAUGUAUGUUUCCCCUCCAAUAGACUGUGGGCUCCUCAAGGGCAGGAGCUGUGUGCUAGUCAGUGAUGUAUCCCCAGCACCUAGCCACAGUGCCUGAUACACAGUAGGUGCUCAAUAAAUGUUUAUUGAAAGGCC